ACUCGCGCAUGCGCAGUUAGAGUGUGGUGGGUGGGAGCAUUUUUGUUGUUUAUUUUCGUGGCCAGUUAACCAUAAAUGUGUUGGGAUAUUAUUAUGAUGUAUUUUGUUAUACAGUUUUAGUUUAAUACGGACUACAUAUACACUUAAUGUGUCUGCCGUUGAAACAUUUCACGAGGUAGCGCACUUUAGCCAGCGAGCACGCGAGGAGUUGAGGGUUUGUAGCUAGUUAGCUGUGAGCGAAUGUGCUAGCAAGCUAGCUUAAAUAUCAUUAAGGCAUGCUAGCAAACGUUAGAAAGCACAUCAACAUUCAUCAACUUUGACCAGUGGGACUAAAGCUACGGCGCAGAUGAACCACCAAGUCCACGGAUGCCACCGUGCAGUACUGCAAUAGCACUUUCACCGUCACACUUAAACUGGUAAAGGCAUAAAAGAUACAACUUGAGAACGUCUCCCUGAGGUUGAAGCCCAAAGAGCAAGAUGUCAAUCACAAACACUCCCACAAGUAAUGAUGCCUGUUUGAGCAUUGUGCAUAGCUUGAUGUGCCACCGACAGGGAGGGGAGAGUGAAAGCUUUGCUAAGCGAGCUAUUGAGAGUCUUGUCAAGAAGCUAAAAGAGAAGAAAGAUGAGCUUGAUUCCCUUAUCACAGCCAUCACUACAAAUGGAGCUCAUCCUAGCAAGUGUGUAACCAUACAGAGAACUUUGGAUGGACGACUACAGGUUGCAGGGCGCAAAGGUUUUCCCCAUGUUGUCUAUGCCCGACUGUGGCGAUGGCCUGAUCUACACAAGAAUGAGUUAAAACAUGUUAAAUAUUGCCAGUAUGCCUUUGACUUGAAAUGUGACAAUGUUUGUGUCAACCCCUACCAUUACGAGAGGGUCGUCUCGCCAGGCAUUGACUUAUCAGGAUUGACCCUUUCAGGUUCAGUUCCACUCCUGGUCAAGGAUGAGUAUGACUAUGACAUCCACCAAUCUUACUCAAGCCCUGAAAACCACCUGCAGACCAUCCAGCAUCCCCCGUCGAGGCCCAGUCCACAGGAGAGCUUCCUCAACCCCGCCCUACUCCCCCUAUCAGAGGGCAGCAGUUCAGCCUCAACCUCUGCUUUCUGUUCCAUCAGUGCUGGACCCUCAAAUCCUAACCCCAGUUGGAGCAGAAACAGCAGCUUCACCCCUGCAGUACCACAACAUCAAAAUGGGCAUCUCCAGCAUCAUCCCCCCAUGCCUCACACAGGGCAUUAUUGGCCGGUAACCAAUGAAAUUGCGUUCCAGCCCCCACUAUCCAAUCACCCUGCUCCAGAAUACUGGUGCUCCAUUGCGUACUUCGAGAUGGACGUCCAAGUUGGGGAGACCUUUAAGGUGCAGUCCACGUGUCCGAUAGUGACUGUGGAUGGUUACGUUGAUCCAUCAGGAGGGAACCGCUUUUGCUUAGGCCAGCUGAGCAAUGUCCACAGGACAGAGAACAUAGAGAGAGCCAGGCUCCACAUUGGCAAAGGCAUGCAGCUGGAGUGCAAAGGUGAAGGAGAUGUCUGGGUGCGCUGCUUGAGUGAUCACGCAGUGUUUGUGCAGAGUUAUUACCUGGAUCGAGAGGCUGGACGUGCCCCUGGAGAUGCAGUUCACAAGAUCUACCCCAGCGCUUACAUCAAGGUGUUCGACCUGCGUCAGUGCCACAGGCAGAUGCAGCAGCAGGCAGCGACGGCUCAGGCAGCAUCUGCAGCCCAGGCAGCAGCAGUGGCCGGUAACAUUCCCGGGCCCAGCUCUGUAGGAGGCAUCGCCCCUGCCAUCAGUCUGUCUGCUGCUGCAGGCAUCGGGGUCGAUGACCUGCGCAGGCUGUGUAUCCUGCGGAUGAGCUUUGUGAAAGGCUGGGGGCCCGACUACCCACGGCAAAGCAUUAAAGAGACGCCUUGCUGGAUUGAGAUCCAUUUACACCGAGCACUACAGCUACUGGAUGAAGUUCUGCACACCAUGCCCAUAGCUGACCCUCAUCCCCUGGACUGAGCGAAGGGACAUGAACUGCACAAAAUAAGCAGAAAACAAUCAGACUGUACUUUCUGACAAACCACUCCCCCUGUAGGCCUGGGGGGCCGAAGGAGGCCUGCAACGGCAGGGAUGCUGAGUAGCUUGUGGAAGUAUGAACAAGGACUUAAAGGAUGGCAUUAAACUUCAAACGCACUGCUGUUAAAUCCAGCGCUACAAGCAUUUGCUCGUAUACGGAAUGAGAUUUCAGGUCUGUAAGUGACUUCCAAACAACAGCUGGAGGAACGUGUGAAGUACACUGGGAGGAGUGGUAGUACUCAUGCUGCCGAGAGAAUGAGAAAGGUCUCCACAGCAAGAUUAAAAGAUGCAAAAAGCCUCUCAAUUAUUAAAUUAGCCUUGGUGCAAUACAACAGAAAUGCAUAACUACAAGGCAGUGUAGUGUCAAUCAUAAAAUGAUUGAUACUCAGCUGCCGUCAUAUGAACAAUUCAACAUUCAAGAAUUUAAGAGCUAGAGAGCCCCCGUUAACUAACUGACAAAAUAAGAAAAAAGCUGCGCACAAUGGGAUGCUUUGAAUUAUGGGGAAAUCUGAACAUGCAAAAUGUCAUUUCAGUUGAACCCGUCCUCUUUCACUGGCUCUCUGCUGCCUGUAUGGCUUCAUGGAAGUGGAGGUUUUCACCUCAAAAAUCAGGACAGUUAUGGAAAAUCAUGCUAAUUAUUACUUGUGUUUAUGUAAGAUGUAAUCUUUAAUAUCUUCCAAUGCUGACAGUCCUUCUUUGAUUUUUUUUUAAAUUUAUAUUCCCCUUUUGAAUAGUUGAUAUUUGAAAAUCCCCUUUUAGCUGACCUCAGCUUCUCUUUUCACCAUAAAACUUCUAUUAUUCUACUGACAGUUGAGGCUGUUAUGAGAUUAAGAAAUUUGAUGUUUUUCAAUUGACAUAGAAAUUAUUAAAUAAUUUAAAAUGAAACGGUUAUUAUAACACAUUGUAAUAUUAUUUAUAAGUGUCCUUUUUAUAUUAGAUGCCGGCAUAGUGUCAAUUAGCACUUUAUUAAUUUGUAUAACAGUAUUGUCUUGUUUUAUAAUCUCAUGCAUGGUUACUUGUUGUACCAUAUCAUUUCUUGACAGAGUUGAAUUAUUUUUUUCUUUUAAUGAAAAAUUCACUUCACAUUUGCACAUCUGCUUAAAAUCAAUUGUUUCAGUAUCAAACAGUCAGCCACAGCAGGGUAAAAUGUGCAUUUACCUCAAUUCUGGCACACUGAUGACGAUUUUGAGCAAGAAUGGAUUAUGGAAUUGGAAAUGUUGUCUGUGGGAUGAACCUACCGUUAAUUAAACAACCGCCUUUCAAACCGACAGGGAAUGAAUCUUUGAUACUCAAAAGAAGCAUUUAUAGGGGGACGUCUCUCUAAUGAUUGCUCACUGCCACCCAUUUUAAUUUGAGUAUAAUUAUGACGACACUUACCGUAAUCUUUUCUAGACAACCGCUGAGUGAAGCUAAAGGAGUUAAGGAAUCAACUGUGAGAGGAAGUGUAAGCCAUAGUGACGCCAAAAAGACCGUAAGAAAAAUGAAACGUAAUCAGACUGCAGUGGUUUCAUUGUAAAGUUGCUUCUUGAAGUUUGGUUUUAAUUAUCAACUGAUUGAUUUCAGUUUUUGCUCAGCACAAAUCAAUAUUUUGGUAUUUGGAGCUCCGUUUACCUACUACCGCUGUUGCAGUAUUUUGUAUCUAUAUCUCCUUUGCUACCUUUACAGUGAUGAACAACAAAAGAAUGCUGUACAAUUUUCUGGAAAUGCAAGUUCAUGCUCAUCUUAAUCUUUACAAUUGUGUCUUACAUUUUACAUAUGUAUGGAGUUUGAAUGAUAUUGGUGUUUAUAUGUAUGAGUAUGGUUGAAUAAAGUUCAAUGGGCAAACACUA